AUGGUGGUGCUGUUAAAUUGUUUACGCCUAGAAGACACUUUUGAUGAUAUUAUCAAGGUUAAUGUUGGCGAUAAACUUGAGGAUGAUAAUAACGUUGAAAUCGAUAUUAGUGAUGCAACUGUCUCAGAUCUCAAACGCUUAUUCAGC